UUCCACCGCGCACCAUCCGAACAGCGCGCGCCCGCGCCAGUCGACGCGCGCCCUUUUGGGGGUUAAGAUGUGUCCGUCUCGGCGGGCGCUCAAGAUGUGGUCCCAGCCGCCUCCCCCCGAACCGGAGCCCGAAAAGGCGACGUUCCGCGCCCGAGCCGCGUCCACCGGUGCGCACUCCUGGUGCCGCGGCUGCUUUGGAAGCAGCCAGAUCGCCCGCAUGGUUCGUGAGCCUCCGGAGUACGGCGUCCGCGUCGAUCCAACCUCUGCCCGGCCGGCCGGGUUGCAAGUCCGCGAUGAGCCCCAAUACCAAAACCUCGAGGAGAUGCGCAAGCGUCCUGAGUACGCUAAUCUCGAGGAGAUCAGUCGCGAGUUCGGUUACCGUUUGUGCCCCGAAGGACAAAAUCUCGAAGAUGAAGCUAUUUAUGAAAAUAUACUGUCAGUGCGUCAAAUUCGUUCCGCUGAAGUGCGUCUAGUGCCGGUGUCUGAAGUGGCGUACUAUGAAGGCCAAGGUUACGUGGCGACGCAGGUCUUGAGCAGAAAUGGAACUUUUCCUCAAUGCCCGCCCAGCACAUGGAGUCGGCUGCAGCAUGCUUGUAGACUCAACGCGUCCCUCAGAGUGGUAACUGCAAAGAAGGAGAUGUACGAUGUCAAGAAGCAAAGGUUGUGUCUAGCCCAAGAUGAAUACAAGCAUUUAAACAAUGCUCUGUCAACACUGGCUGCCUCUCGAACAAGUUUGUGUUCAUCAACAACCUCCAUGACAACGACGUCAACAACGUCCCGCCAUGACCCUGAAGUCUUGAGAGCUGAAGUCACGCAAGCUCGUGGAAGGGUCGCCCAGUUGCGCAAGGAGCUAAGGCAGGCGAGAGCUGAAGUAGCAAGUGCCAGACGAGGGGUCGAUACGCUUGCAGAAGUCGAACAAAAGAUAAGUUCCCAGCAAGGAUGCUACAAUAUUACUGAAGCUCAGGCGAUUAUGACUGAGCUGAAGAAUAUUCAGAAGUCAUUGACGUCGGGGGAGAAAGAAAGAGCAGUGCUCAUGCAAUCUUUAGCAAAGCUAAAAGACGAUCUGACGAGGCUUCAGUUUGGAGAUGCGUCACCAGAUUUAUCGACGUUAAGUAUUCCUCAAGAAAAACUUAGUACAGCAUCGCAAACCGAUCUAUGCGCUGAUUUAGUACCUAUAGGGACAAGAUUAGCAGAAAUGGCGCGAGUUCGCCUUCAAUACGAUGAAGCUAGAAAACGGAUACAAAAAAUCCAACAACAACUAGCGGAUUUAGAAGAUAAAGUUCAGCCCGGCCAGGCGGAGUCCGACAAAGAUCGGUUAUUGUUAUUCCAAGAGAAAGAACAACUGCUGAGAGAACUGAGGAGUAUAACUCCAAGAACGAGAUCGAAGCAGGAGAUGAGUGAUAUACAGUCUGAAUGUGAGAGAUUAGAACAAGACUUGAAGAACGCAUUUGAAAUGUCGAACAAGUGUAUAGCUGAUCGGUUAAGGUUACACGAGGAGAAGCAAUUACUGUUACAACAAUUGAAAGACGCGUUGACAUCGAUGACGACAUUGGAAGGUCAACUGAAAACGUUGUCAGCGAGUACGCUAUCUGUAUCAAGUAGUUCGAGCUUAGGGUCCUUGUCUACAGCUAGUAGCAAAGGAUCUUUGAGCUCAGGGAUUAGUUUUACGGACAUUUAUGGAGGACCUCAAUUAGGGAGCUCCUUCCAAGCUGACAAACCUAUUGAUAUGGCUGAUCUACAUAGACGAGUUGAAAGGUUACUGCGUGGCACGAGCUACACUAUGGAUAGUAUAACUCCUGGAGCUAGUAGUUCACCAUCGCAACCAUCGCUGUCUCCGAGAAGCAGUUUAUCAUCAGCCAGUCCACCUCCGCCUCCUCCUUCCUACAAUCAGGUGGAAAGGCAAAGGCGGCAGCAGCAUAGAGAAUUAGAAGAGAAAUUAGCGGAAAUGAGGAUAGGUGUCGCUACAGGACUGAAUGAAGUUACAGGACUUGCAACAAUUCCCGUGCAAUUACAAGGACCAGGACGGCCUAGCGAGCCACUUUCCCCAAUAUCCGAAACCCCACCGCCUCCCUUGUCGCCAAGAACUCCCUCAUCUAGUGGUACGAACACUAGAUCAGUUUCAGCGGCAGUGAGUGAUGAAUCGGUGGCAGGGGACUCGGGUGUGUUUGAAGCGGCUCAAGCCGGGAAUGACGCCUCUAAUGCAGUGAGCAGUGCGCAAAUUGAGCUCAAAUUGCGAUACUGUCCCGACGAGACCGCGCUGGAGGUCGGCAUUCUCAGGGCGAGGAAUCUACACGCGCUUUACAUCGACAUGGAUACCGAAAUCGUGGUGCGAGUAGCGCUGAUGGGCGGCAGCGGCGCGGGCGUGGUGCUGAGCAGCGCGGCGCUGGCGUGGCGCGGCGCGGCGCUGUGCUGGCGGCACGUGCAGCGCGUGGCCGUGCAGGGCGCGCGCGCGCUCAAGGCCGCCACGCUGCAGGUCAACGUCUGCACGGGCCAGGAGUGCUUGGGAUGUGCACAAGUGAGCCUAGCAGACUUCGACUUAGAAGGCGUGUGGCAGAAGUGGUACAACCUCCUUAGCUUCAGGUCUAUGAGAAGGGACGAGAGUUCAGACGAAUCUACAGUUAUUUCGUCACAAACUUCGACAUUGACGAGGAAUAGAGGUCCGGAAAGUAUGAUGAGUGCAGACUGCAAUGUUGACUGUGGGGACAACUCCGCUUCGGAAGAUGAGGAGUCUAGAGAACCACUUAAUCAGAUAGUGGAAGAGGAUUCGCUAGAAGAUUACAUUCCUGAAGAUGAUUUAGCGCUUGAGGAAGAAUUUUUGCAUCCACCGACUUCUGAGAAGGCAACUAACACUGAAUGCAACUUCUGCCCGGAGGGAGCGAGACAGCUGCAUAGAAGGAAAACUCAACAAGCAAGCUCAUCCCCAGACGAGCCCUUAGCCACAAUAAAGAGAUCUCAAACAUUUUCGCCACAACCACAGGGUUUCAGCAGAGGCCAGUACAAAUGUAGACUAAACCGUUCGGAGUCCGAUUCUUCGAUGGCGCAAUACGCCCGACGGUUUACGCUACAGCCGCCGCUCACAGCUGGGAUACCAUUCGAUAGAAACAGAUGCGAGAGGCGGUCUUUGAGACGCGGUCGAUUCUGCGGCGCCGGCGCAGUACAUAGAGUACCGACUUCGCGCAUGCGCGGCCCCAUCACUUCUCUGGACCUGGUUCUGGACCUGCGCGCGCAGCACUCGCGCUUGGCCGACCUCAAUGCUGACCUCUCGCAGCUCAGGGAUUUGAAUAAGAAACUAGAAGAAGCGUACAGCCGCGGCGAGCCGGCGGCGGCGGCGUGGGCGCAGUCGUGCGCGGCGCUGGCGCCGGCGCCGGGCGCGCGCGCGGCGCGGCGCUGGCGGCGCGCGCGCCGCGACGUGCUGCGUCUGCGCAGGAGUCGUCAGCGCGGGGCCAAGCCCGACCUCGUUACCUUGCAAGAAAAGAUGGCCUUCUUCAUUCGCAACAAAAUCCCCAUUCCAAUACUGCCCGGGGAAGAAGACGACCUGUCCGACGAGUGGGAAGAAGAGGAACGAAGAACCCCCGACGGUAGAUCAUCGAAAACGUCCUACGAAAGGAGAGAGAGAGAUUCCCAGGCCUGUCAAACAGAGUGUCAAAAAGUAGAAAAUGGGCUUGGAAACCAACAGGACGAAUGUGUUGACAGUCGAGAGGUUGUGGAUUGUAAAAACCCGUGUAUGAGUCCGGAGCCGUGUUAUGAGAAUUUGCCCAAAAUUGAUGAUGAUGACGAGGGAAGGAAAGAGACAGAAGAUCGGUAUGAGUUUGUCGUUGAUAGAGUGUUAGGAGUUCAGGUUUAAUGGUCGGCCACCGAAGCGGAGGAAAUUACUUUAUGUAGGAACUAAAUUAUAAAAAGUUUUUUUUAAAUAAAAAAACAAAAUGUCAGUUUAUACUUCUAUAUCAAUAUUAAAGGAAUGAUAGAUUUUUAUUUUUAUAUUAAUGGGUGUUUGUAAAAAAAUACUCUAGGCUGAUUUUGAUGAAAUUUGCACAGAGAUAACCUAGAUAUGCGAGAGUAGGUGUAAUAAACGACAAAAUACCCAUUACUAAAUAAUGAAUUGAAUGAAAUGAAAAAAAAAAAAUAAUGGUUAUGUAAAUUACAUCACAAUAUCUUGAUGACGUGUUGUUUCUUUCCGCUUUGAUGGUGCGGACCUAAGGCACUGUGCUCGAAUGGAUGGCUUCACGGCACCAUUUAGGGGCCAUAAAGUUAUGUGAUUAUUUACCAGACUUUAUUUCAAUCCUUCCCAUUAAAAAAUAAAGCUAGCGUAAUUUUCAAUACAGGCCAUUUGACACUCAGUAUCAUAUGCUCUCGGCCACGAUGCCCUCACAUCGAACUGUUGAACUAUUUUUAUAAGCAACUAACGGCCCGUCUAAGCUUCGUUUGGGUAAAAACAUAAUAAAUUAUACACCAAAACCUUUCUCAGGAACCACACUAUAUA